AUGGACAACGAGGCCAUUACGUUCUCAGGGACGCUCCAAGUCCGAGCGUGUCACGCGUUUUGGAAAAAGACGCCCGUGCACUUGACAACUUGUCGAAAGGACUAUCGCUCCGAGCUGCCAGUGCUGCUAGUCCGACGAUCGCGUGUGCUUGGCGGCGAGUUCCGCGUCCCGCUCGAUCCGUGCGUCCACCCGGUGCGUCUUCUGCCUACCACGAGGAAAAUGGCGGCCAAACACGAGCUCGCGCUUGCGUACGGAUGGCACAGCAAACGUGUGCGUCUACGAGCCCCUAAUGUUACGACGUAUCGCCAGUGGAUGCGUCUCGUACGAGCAGCACUGGAGUCCGGACGGCGACCACUGGUCCCGUGUUCACCCACUGGACCUCGACAGGAUCUCGAGUGCUCGAGUCUCGCAUCCACUAUGACCAGCAGCAACAAUACCAGCACUUCAAGAAGCACCACCACCAUCACAGUCGACCAGCCGCUACAAGAAGAAGAAGAAGAAGAAGAGGAGCAAGAAGUAGAAGGAGACGUGUCCAGUGACAGAGAACGAGGCGCCCACCACUUUUGCGACUACAACGGCAUCACCUCCGAGUGGCAAAAUUGUAGCGCGUCGUUCGAUACAGAGCAAACGACUGAUCAUCACCGGAGCACGGCAUGUCGUGUCAAUGAGGCCGCAGCGCCUCUUUGCAUUGCCGAUCUUUGUCGAACAGCCGUCGGAAGCUGUCGCUCUGGUCGACGCGAACGAGAGGUGCAGCACGAUCACCGACUUGACCCGUUCGAUUGGUCGUCGUCGUGUUGUGUUCCUGCAUCGUUCGCCGAACGUUCCCCCGCCAGUGCCUGGCGGCACAAAUCGUACCUACGAACAUUGAGCUUUUCGUGGUGGACAGCGACGUUAUCGAAUUUGACAGGGGAUACAUGA